AAUCCCAUGUUGUUCAUGACCUUGGAUUCAUCGACAUUAAAAACCAUAGGAUUGUGUUCCAAGCUACAAGGACCAAACCAACCAUCAUUCAACACUUGUCUCACACAUAGCUCCUUACCCUUCAUAUGUGUAUGUUUUUUUUAGAAGGGUCACGUUCUUCUCUUGUUUUUUUGUCACAAUCAUUUCAAAUUAAGGAAGAGAAAAGAGAGAAAAGAGGAGGAAGGGGUUUUGGAUUUUGGUAUGGAGAAUAAUCACAUGGUGAAGGAGGAAAUGGUAGAUGAAGAAGAAGUGGUGGAACAUGAUGAGAUUAGUCCCAUUGGUGAUGGUGAAGAUGAUGAAGAUGUUGUUUCCACCUUAACCAUGGAAAGGGUUGCUGCUGCUAAGAAAUUCAUUGAGAGUCAUUAUAAGUCUCAAAUGAAACACAUUCAAGAACGCAAAGAAAGGCGUUCGGUGCUACAAAAGGAGUUAGAAUCAUCGCAUGUACCAGAAGAAGAACAGAUCAAUUUACUGAAGGAUUUAGAGAGCAAAGAGACGGAGUAUAUGCGGUUGAAAAGACAUAAAAUAUGUGUUGAUGAUUUUGACCUUCUAACCAUUAUUGGCAGGGGAGCCUUUGGUGAGGUAAGACUCUGCCGCGAGAAGAAAUCCGGCAAUAUAUAUGCCAUGAAAAAGUUGAAAAAGUCUGAAAUGCUCAGCAGGGGACAGGUUGAGCAUGUUAGAGCUGAAAGGAAUGUACUUGCAGAAGUUGCGAAUGACUGCAUUGUGAAACUUUAUUACUCAUUUCAAGAUCCUGAAUUCUUAUAUCUUAUAAUGGAAUAUUUACCUGGUGGCGAUAUAAUGACUUUGUUGAUGAGGGAAGAAACUUUGACAGAAAGUGUGGCAAGAUUUUACAUCGCCCAAACCGUUUUGGCCAUCGAGUCUAUUCAUAAACACAAUUACGUUCAUCGGGAUAUAAAACCUGACAACCUUCUAUUAGACAUAAAUGGUCAUAUGAAAUUGUCGGAUUUCGGUCUUUGCAAACCUCUUGAAGUCUCAAAUCUAUCACCUAUAAGUGAAAAGGAAAUAUUGGAUGAUGAUAACUUGAACGAUACAAUGGACGUUGAUGGAAAUUACCCGAAUAGUAGAAAUGGUAGGCGUUGGAAAAGUCCUCUCGAACAACUUCAACAUUGGCAAAUGAAUAGGAGGAAGUUGGCAUUUUCCACUGUCGGAACUCCAGAUUAUAUUGCUCCGGAAGUGUUACUGAAAAAGGGUUAUGGCGUGGAGUGUGACUGGUGGUCUCUUGGCGCUAUAAUGUAUGAAAUGCUUGUCGGUUAUCCUCCAUUUUACUCUGAUGAUCCUGUAACAACAUGCCGAAAGAUUGUCCACUGGAAAAACCACUUAAAAUUUCCGGAGGAGGCAAGAUUGACACCCGAAGCGAAAGAUCUGAUGCACAGGUUGCUUUCUGGUGUUCCACAUAGGCUUGGAACCAGAGGAGCAAGAGAAAUUAAAGAUCAUCCUUGGUUUAGGGAUGUUUUAUGGGAUAGGCUCUAUGAAACCGAGGCUGCAUUUAAACCACGAGUCGUAGGGGAACUUGACACUCAGAAUUUUAUGAAAUUCGAUGAGGUUGAACAACCAAUGCCAGCUCGAUCUGGAUCCGGACCCAUCAGAAAGAUGCUUUUUACUCAAGAUCUCAGUUUUGUUGGCUAUACAUAUAGGAAUUUUGCAGCUGUCAAAGGGAAGCGUCAUUCUAUUGAAAAGGGAAGCGUGUCACCACGAUCAUCAGUCGACUCGACACACAGUGAUUCUGUAAUAAACUAUUCCACCUGAUACUCAAUGGACAUCACCAAAGCAUAGGUGGUUGCACCCUAUGGUGCUUGUGAAGAGUGACCUAACCUUAUUGUAAUGUACAUUAUGACCUUCUCGUGUUGCAAAUAGAUGGAGAUUCACCUUCUUCGAUGAUGGUGUCUUUUCGCCUUAGUUUCAGUGGCGGAAAGUGCUUUGGUACAGUGGCGAUGAGUCUUUAUGGUGGAACGAAAGGUGUCUGCAGACACGUUAGCUCUCCAAUGCUCAAAUCAGUGUAGGAAAUGAGAUGGAAUCUGUGAAAAGUGUGGAAAAAGUGAAUCAUACCUUGGGGUGAAGCUAAGUCACCCUUAAAUAGGCGUGUAUGAGAAUAACCGUCUCUGUAAAGUGCGGCGCUUCAUCAGGAGGCCGUUGGGAGAUGUGUAAGGUGUCUGAUGCACGGAGACGUGCUUAGGUGGAGUGGCGUGCACCAAAGUUAGGGUGUUUGUCCAAGUGACACGUGUUGCUCCGGCGUGUUACUUGUCCACGUGUCAGCGUUGGAUUGGAUUUAUAGCGGGUCCAGAACAAUAUAUAAAGAGAGAUAAUUAGGAUCUGUUGACAACAGGUGUCACCAAAUCCCAAGGGUUGUUUCAAUUUAAUUUAAAGGCUUCAAUUUAUUCAUUUCACAAUGUCACCUGACACUUUCAUCGUUCUUUUUACACUUUCAUCAUUUUUUUUACACUCU